UGUGUGUGUAUGUGUGUCUUUUCCCUAUGUUUUCUCCAGGCAGUCGCCCUCAGCUCAGUGAGACCGGCUUUACUGCUGCUCCCCUCUCCCUUGGGAAAACCGCUGCAUGAAGACCGAAGCGAGUGACCACGUCCCCACGAUACAGUGAUCCCCUUCACCCCCACUGCUACCGAAAUGACAGACCGGGCUGCACCAGGGAGACAGUCGGGAGGCAGAGGGGAGGGAGAGAGCUCAUCCCUCCUCCCUCUCUGCCUCAAAGCUUUUUGCUUUCCAAGCUCAAAUGCUAGCUGAAAUCUGAUGCCUGGACUGCAUAUGCAGUGAGACGUGGGCAUGCCCUCGCAGUGCACCGAUUUCCUCCGUGCUUUGGAGAGCGAGAGCCGUGCUGAGGCUCCAAGCGGAGGAACCGCUCCAUCAGGCAGCGAGUGCCACAUCACUGCACCGUCUGCACAAGGGCUCCAGCAUGGUUCCGAGCCUGCUGCUCCUCCUCACCGGGCUGUUUAGGGCCGCAGAGCCAGCACCCCGCUGUGAACCUGGCCAGGAGACCCUAGGUCAAUGCCAAACUGCACAGAAAGCAAAAUGCGUGGACAUCUCCUUAAGCUCUUGUACAGAUGUUACCUAUACUCAAACGAUGUAUCCUAAUUUCCUGGAUCAGAAGUCUCGAGAAGUGAUUGAGUACAGCUCUGAGUAUAUUCUCAUAAGUGUGCUGCACAACUUGCUGCAAGGAGAAUGCAAUCCAGAUCUGAGGCUCCUGGGGUGCUCAGUGCUGGCUCCACAGUGUGAAAAGGACAAAGUAAUAAAGCCUUGCAGGCAUGUCUGUGAAAACCUGAAAAAAAAUUGCCUCUCUGCUUUUGAUGCAAUAGACAUGGCCUGGCCCUACUUCUUAGACUGUGAUCGUUUUUUUGCUGGGGAAGAAGAAGGGUGUUUUGACCCACUGGCAAAGCUGCGAGGAGAAGUAAUUGUUGAAGACGAUUUGCCUUCAGACUUGCCAGCUACUUUUAUUCAGUUUAAGCAUCAUUCAUAUUCCCAAAUGGUGAGCACAUUGAAGAAGACUGCUUCUAGAUGCUCCCAUAUUGCAACAACUUACAGCAUAGGUCGCAGUUUUGAAGGAAAAGACCUUUUUGUCAUUGAGUUUUCAACCAAGCCUGGUCAUCAUGAACUACUCAAGCCAGAAUUUAAGUACAUUGGCAAUAUGCAUGGAAAUGAAGUUGUGGGAAAAGAACUGCUGAUAUACCUUGCCCAGUAUCUGUGUUCAGAGUAUCUUCUUGGGAACCCUCGCAUCCAAACUUUGAUCAAUAACACCAGAAUUCAUCUCCUGCCUUCACUCAACCCAGAUGGGUAUGAACUGGCUGCAGAAGAGGGUGCUGGUUACAAUGGAUGGGUGAUUGGCCGACAGACAGCUCAGAAUUUGGACCUGAACAGAAAUUUCCCUGAUCUGACUUCAGAAGCUUACAGAAGAGCUGGGAUUCGUGGGGCCCGCCUGGACCAUAUCCCCAUUCCACAAUCCUACUGGUGGGGUAAGGUAGCACCUGAGACUAAAGCAGUCAUGAAAUGGAUGAGGUCCAUCCCAUUUGUGCUCUCUGCCAGCCUCCAUGGGGGAGAAUUAGUUGUGACUUAUCCUUAUGAUUAUUCAAGGCAUCCUAUGGAAGAAAAAGAGUUCUCCCCUACACCUGAUGAGAAGAUGUUUAAAAUGCUGGCAAAAGCUUAUGCUGAUGCACAUCCAGUCAUCUCAGACCGAUCGGAACAUCGCUGUGGUGGAAAUUUUGUAAAACGUGGAGGUAUUAUAAAUGGUGCUGAGUGGUACAGCUUCACUGGAGGUAUGGCGGAUUUUAACUACCUUCAUACAAAUUGCUUUGAAAUUACUGUGGAAGUAGGAUGUGAAAAAUUUCCUUUGGAGGAAGAACUGUUUACAAUCUGGCAUGAAAACAGGGAUGCCCUUCUGAACUACAUGGAGAUGGUUCAUCGGGGAAUAAAAGGAAUUGUGUCUGAUAAAUUUGGCAACCCAAUUAAAAAUGCUAGAAUUUCAGUAAGAGGCAUCCAGCAUGAUAUCACCACAGCUGCUGAUGGAGACUACUGGCGACUCCUGCCUCCAGGGACGUAUGUAAUCACUGCCCAAGCCAUGGGCUACACCAAGGUGAUGAAAAGGGUCACCCUUCCCAUCAAGAUGAAACGGGCUGGACGAGUUGACUUUGUCCUGAGACCCGUUGAGGUUUGGCCUAACAAGCUUCUCCGCCGGCCCAUGGAGGACAUGAAUGACCAAUAUGACCCCCUGGAACUGUUUGACCCUCAUGCUCAACAUGCACAGGCUCGGGGAGGGUCACAACAGGUCAGGGAGAAGCCCUGGUGGUGGUCCUACUUCAGCUCUCUAGGCCUGCAUAAACCUCUCUGGCUGCUUAAACAGCAUUGAGUGGUGCCAUCGUGCUCUGCUCAUCUUGUUCUGCUGCCCUUCCACCCAGCUCCAUGCACCCUGAUUGCUCUUAGCAGUAUUUAAAUCUAUGUCAUUUGAAAGUACAAUGUUAAUUCAAGCCUUCUUUUGUUUUCUCGUUGCACACAAGUGGGUCUGUUCAAGUGUUUUUAUAUAUUAAAAGCAAUGGUGCACACCCAUUCAAGAGCCAGGUUUUAUGCAGUCUUUUUCUUAGUAAUGUGCUGUACUUCUGCCCAUGUAGUUAAUCAUCACAUUCAUUAUUUAUUAGGUUCUAAGUACCUGCAGGAAUAUAUUCCUGAUCCUUUAAUGCAUUUUUGUACAUGCCUUAACACAUUAAUGACCAUGUACUAAAAACAAUUUUCAGAAAUCUCUUCUCUUUUUACAUUGUAUUAGUAUAUUAAGUUCCAUUCAUUAGCUCUUCUAGUACAGCUCACAAUUAUUUUUUAAUCCAUCAUGUGACAUUAGUAUUGAUUUUGGACUGAAAAAAAAUCAUUAGGAAUAUGGUAGUAAAUCUGCACCUGAGUAAGUAGCACAUUCAGUAGGAUGGGCUGCUUACAGACAGGUGAGGAGUCAUUAAAUCAGCGAGGAAUCGUUAAAUAAUGUUUUCUCAAAUACUGUUUCAGAAAUUAUCCUUUGAAGACAUAUGUAAUAAAAAAACUGUUAAAUACUCAGUCUUACUUCUUUGAACUCUCUUGCAUCAGUAAACCCAGAGAAUCAAGAAAAAUGCUUGGAAAGCUGAUUCUGUUCCAAGAAGUCUGAAAAUCCAGUCAUUAUGAUAUAUAGAUGUUAAUAUAAUUUGAAGUUUUCUAAUUUAAUAAGUAAAGCAAAACACAGAAAUAUAUGCUCACUGAUGGAAGUACACACAACCUAUGGUGUGGAAAAAUACAUGAAGUAAUUUGUUGAAUAUGACACAUUAUGCUGAGGAUAUAAACAUCACACAGUCUUUAGUCCACGGGAUAAUUAAUGGAAUAAUCAAAUCAGUCAUUAAGUUCUUUCCAAGAGAGUUAAAUAGGUAAGUAGUAGUACUGCAAGAUGCUGUCCUCUCUCCAAAAUUUUUUUUGCAUAUCCAUUAUUUUGAUGAAACAUUUAGACUUGUUCUUCCUUUUGGCUCGCAGUGGGUAAUGAGCUUCAUGCACUUACAGUAAUUCCUCAUCUGAAUGCCACAGUGUACAAUCAAAAUGUUUGUUUGGAGCUGACGUACUUCCUGCAGGAACUGCUGUAUUAGUUGUCUGGAUUGCCCUCUGAUUUCUAAAAGCUUGUUUCCUUAUCUUAGAUUUUUUAAAAGUCCCAUAUUAUAUGAGUCCUAAAUGCCA